AUGGAUGACAGUCACCAGAUGGAUGACAAUCACCAGAUGGAUGACAAUCACCAGAUGGAUGACAGUUACCAGAUGGAUGGCAGUCACCAGAUGGAUGGCAGUCACCAGAUGGAUGGCAGUCACCAGAUGGAUGACAGUCACCAGAUGGAUGGCAGUCACCAGAUGGAUGGCAGUCACCAGAUGGAUGGCAGUCACCAGAUGGAUGACAGUCACCAGAUGGAUGGCAGUCACCAGAUGGAUGGCAGUCACCAGAUGGAUGACAAUCACCAGAUGGAUGACAGUCACCAGAUGGAUGACAAUCACCAGAUGGAUGACAAUCACCAGAUGGAUGACAGUCACCAGAUGGAUGACAGUCACCAGAUGGAUGACAGUCACCAGAUGGAUGACAGUCACCAGACGGAUGACAGUCACCAGAUGGAUGACAGUCACCAGACGGAUGACAGUCACCAGGUGUAA